UAGAGACCAGUCGUUGAAGUCAGCCCCAACAUAGCGGAGCCAGCGAGUAUAUAACGCCACGUUCCAGACCUAAAUCAACACACAGAACCCACACAAACACAACAUGGGAGACUACACCUGGAUUAGCACCAACGUUUACGGAUCCCUGCCCCCAGGAGCCAUCCUCGCUGGCCACGAUUCCGACCAGGAUCCCAUCUUUGUGGGCCGUGCCUACCACAAUGGAGAGAUGCUGCCAGCGAAGGUGGUGCCCGGCAAGCAGCAGGCCUAUGUGCCAUGGGGCGGUCAGGAGAUCAGCAAGCAUGACUUCGAGGUCCUUGUCGGUGAUCACUUCUCCUGGAUCCCGUCCAGCGGUGGAUCUGUCCCGCCCCACGCCAUCCAAGUGGGCCAGACUGGCGAGGGUGAGCCCCUGUACGUGGGUCGUGGUUACUUCCAGGGCAGCCUCACCCCCGGCAAGAUCCAUCCCUCGCACCAGUGCUUGUACAUCCCCUACGGCGGACAGGAGCACCGUCUGGAAGCCUAUGAAGUGCUGGUCCAGCCCGAGACUUGGGUAGCCUCCAGCGGACGCGGCAUUGUUCCCGGAACUGUGGUUGGAGGACACGACUGCGAUGGCGAUCAGAUCUAUGUGGGUCGCGCCUACCACGAGGGCGAUUUGCUGCCAGCCAAGGUGAUCCCCAACAAGGGCUGUGCCUAUGUGCCCUACGGAGGCGGUGAGGUUGUGAAGCACGACUACGAGCUGCUGGCCGGAUACGGAUACGGAUGGGUGCACGACAGCCACGGCAAUGUGCCCAGCAAUGCCGUUCUCUGCGGUCGCACUUCCGACGGCGAGCCCCUGUUCAUCGGCCGUGCCCACCACCACGGCAGCCUCACUCCCGGCAAGAUCCACCAGUCGCACCACUGCCUCUACAUCCCAUUCGGCGGCGAGGAGGUCCGCAUCGACCACUACGAGGUCCUGGUCAAGGGCUAAGCUGCUACAGCGACUAGACUUUUGUGUUGUCCCCCCGUCGUCUGCCUACUAAUUUAUAAAUCAUCUUGUAUCAUUAAAAAUGUCCCCUGAUAAACCAAA